CAUGUGUUUUGGAUUUUGUACGUGUUUUGGAGUUUGUACAUGUUUUGUCUCUAGGGGCCACCGAAAACCGAGGCUACAGUUUGCAUGUGCUCACCACAAUAAUCUGGUUCGAUGAGUUUCGAUUUUGUUGCAACAUCUAGAUGGUACGAUCCAAAUAUAGCAUGAACAACAUGAAAGCAGGUUUCCGUCUUAACAGUUCAGGCUAUCAGUAGUGGUGUAAUGGUGUGAGGGAAAUCUUCUUGGCAUCAAAGAACAGAAAGCCGAGGUUAUAGUUUACAUAAGAUCACUAAAAUGUUCUGGUCUGAUUAGUCUUGAGUUCUGCUGCUGUAGGGUCAGACUUUACUGUAAACAACCAUGAACCAUGGUUCAACAUGUAUUUUUUCUUGAUGUUACCUUGUCACGGUUUAGGCUCUUUAGUACCAACUGAAAUUUUCAGGGUGAGAUUAAUAAAAAACAGAGAAUUAUCUUUCAGUUAACACUACUGAUUUACAUCCUGCAUGGCAGCCAUACAUACUGGAAGAAAAGAAAGAAAGAGAUCAUAUGUAAAAGGGAAUUUUGAUAAAGUGCUUAUAAACGUUAUAAAUGAUCUUUUUUUUCUUAAAGAAAUCUUUUACUUCGUGUAAUGUUUUUCAUACCAUAUGUAAUUUCCAUUGCAAAAAUUAAUCACAGUUAAAUUAGGGGAGAUGGCAUUAAAAACUAAGCUAAGCUGUGACGUCAUCAAGAAAAAAACUCCCGUUUGAACGAACUUGCGCCCACCGGAGCCUCGACGGAUUUCUUCGUUCGGACUCUGCGGGAGACAGACGCAUAGGAAGCGGACAAACGAAGACUUCUUUCUUCACGUUUGAUCAUGAAAAUGUGGAUUUUUGCUGUUCUGGCCGCUCUCGCGGUCGGAGCCUCGGCUCAGGACUGUCCAAGUACAUGUCAGACUAUGAAGUGGGCUACAUGCGACGGACCCCCAUGUUCGUGUUAUCUUCUGGUUGGCGAAGGUGUAAAACAGACCAUAGACUGCACAGCAUUGGUCCCCAAGUGCUUCUUGAUGAAAGCUGAAAUGUACAGAGCUAGAAAGGGUAUGAGCACUCGCAGUAAUGCAGGAAAGCCACACGAGACUGCCAUUGUGGACAACGAUGGCAUCUAUGACCCCGAGUGUGAGAGUGACGGCAAAUUCAAGGCCAAGCAGUGCAACAACACAGAUGUGUGCUGGUGCGUCAACAGCGCUGGAGUUCGUCGGACUGACAAGGGAGACCAGAACCUCAAGUGUGAGAAACUGGUGGAGACCUACUGGAUCCGUCUUCAGCUGACACACAAGCAGGGGCCCACCGUGACUAAAGACAAUUUGAAGACUGCUAUUUCGACUGAACUUAACAAGCGUUACAAACUUGACCGUAGCCUUGUGAAGGAUGUUCAGUAUGACCCAGACGCUCGCAUGAUUGUGGUUGAUGUGAAUAAGGUGAAAGGAGACCGCACACAGGACCUGUCCACAAUGGCCUACUACAUGGAGAAAGACGUGAAGGUGCUGCCACUGUUUACUGACCAGAGCAGACGCUUUACUCCUUCUGUGGAUGGGCAGACCCUGGAGAUGGAGAAGAUCAUCGUGUACUAUGUGGACGAGGAGGCCCCAACCAUGACCAUGAAGCACCCGACAGGCGGGAUCAUCCGCAUCAUUGUGGUGGUGGUGCUGGCUGUGAUUGCUGGCCUGCUGGCUGUGUUCUUUGUCCAGAAGCAACAGAGGAAGUACAAAAAAACUCAGCAAAGAGAGAUGGAGCAAAUGUAAAGCAGAGAGAGUGUGAAGAGUCGACGCAUACGCGUACCUGACAGUGAAGACUGACAGGAAAGUGGAGGAUGGAGAGGGGAAGACGGCCCGGGUUCGUCCACAGUCAGCAGAUCUCAGAGCACCUUUGGGAAGUGUUGGAACAAGAGAUUCACAUUGUGGAUGCGUAGCCAACAAAUCUGCAGCAGCUGUUUGAUGCUUUCAUGUCAGCGUCUGAGGAGUGUCCAAAAUAUGUCUAUGAAUUUAAUUCAUGCUAAAAGCAGGUUUUGUAAAAGGACUUAGAGCCAUGCCUCUCACCCCUCCUGUUAUUUAAUAAAGCUAACAUGACAGUAAUAAGGC